AUGUCUAUGGUUCCACAUUUCUUCCUCUCUAUAGCUUCCCGUUUUGUGCCUUUAGUUAGUAUUCUCUUUUCUCUAUUUGCCUCGCUUUCUCUCUUAGUAUGCUUGUUUUUCAUUCUCUUUUCUAUCUUUGCUUCUCUUUUCACUUUCUUUGUAUUUCUUUCCCUUUUCAGUCUUUGUCUCACGUUCUCUUUUCUAUCCUUUUCCCUUUCUAUCUUGUCCUUUUUUAUUUUUUAUUCCCCCUCUUCCUUUCUCUUUCUUCUCUUUUCUAUCUCUUUCUUUCUUCUAUAUUUCCCCCUUUUUCUAUAUUCCCCUUUCCUUUUCUACCAUUAUCCCUCUUUCUCUUUUCUAUCUUCUUUCUAUCUUGUCUUCUUUUUCUUUUCCUUUCUAUAUCUUGUCCUUCUAUCUUGUUUAUUUUUUCUAUAUUCCCCCUCUUUCCCUUUUCUACCAAUAUCACUCUUUCUCUUUUCUAUCUUCUACUCUUUCCCUUUCUAUCUUGUCUUCUUUUUCUUUUUUCUAUAUUCCCCCUCUUUCCCUUUUCUACCAAUAUCACACUUUCUCUUUUCUAUCUUCUACUCUUUCUCUUUCUAUCUUGUCCUCUCUUUCUUUCUUCAAUAUUUCCCCCUCUUUCCCUUUUCUACCAUUUUCACUCUUUCUCUUUUCUAUCUUCCACUCUUUCCCUUUCUAUCUUAUCCUCUCUUUCCUUUUCUAUUUUUGCUUCUCUUAUCCUUUUCUAUCUUUUCCACUCUCUCAUGUCUAUCUAAGUCUCACUUCCUCUUCUCUAUUUUUCUCUCAUUUUCCAUUUUCUAUCUUUGCCCCUCUGUCUCUUUUCUAUCAUUGCCUCACUAUUUGCCUCGCUUUCUCUUUGCCUUUCUAUAUUGGCACUCUUUCCUUUUCUAUCUUUGCCUCACUUUCUAUUUUCUAUCUUUGCUUUUCUUAUUUUGUUUCUCUUUUAUGUGUUUUAUCUGGGUUUUUUCCUCUUUCUCUCGUACCUCGCCUUCUUUUCUCUACCCAUCCGCUUGA